CCAAUAUAUAAAUUAAAAUUCAAAGAAUCUCAAAGGAAACCAAGAAGAAGGCUAGAAGCUGUAAUCCGACACGGACAGACGAUCAAAGGUUCCAGGCUCCACCAGGGAAAGAGAGAGAUGAAGCGGAAACGGAUACUGGAAAAGAAGAAGGAAGUCGAGCAGAUUAUCAGAGCAGUAUCUUCACGCGAAAAAGACCAUCUUGAUUCUUUCCCACAUUUACGCCAAUACAGCGCAAAUGGCUUAUCUAUAUAUUUGACAUCUGGUAGAGGGAAUAAGCUUUCAUCCCAGACAAAGCACUACAUAUGCAAUCUUCUUAAGGCCAAUAUGGAAGGUCCAUAUGGAUCAGAAUGGUCUAUUGAAGAGAAAAAUAAGCACAGGGAAAUGGUGUCUCAAGAAGCACAUUAUAUGUUUGUCUGCGACAUUGCUACUGACAACACUAACAAGGAGAUCAGUUGCUCAGAAACUGAGUUCGGCCCUACAUGUGUGAAUGGUAGGGGCCCUAUUGUUGGGUUUCUUCAUUACCGUUUUAUUGUGGAAGAAGGCGUACCCGUUCUUUAUGUAUAUGAAUUGCAGCUUGAACCUCGUGUUCAAAAGAAAGGUUUGGGGGUUUUCUUAAUGCAACUUAUUGAGCUUAUUGCUACCAAGAACCAAAUGGGUGCGGUCAUGCUGACUGUUCAGAAAACAAAUUCAUCGGCCAUGAGAUUCUAUACAAGUAAACUCGGGUAUACCAUAUCAACAAUUUCUCCUUCAAAAGUUGAUCCACAGCUGGGACUUGUGAAAAGUUAUGAGAUUCUCUGCAAAACAUUUGAUUCGGAAGCUAAAGCGAUUUUGCAGGCACUUCUCACUUUCCAUCUUCUCAUGGUUUUUCCAUGUAGGAGGAUAGCACAACAUCCCACCAUCCAUGAUCCCCCACCACUUCAAUCAAUCAAGGGGGGUGGGUGACCUAUAAUAGAGGUGUCUUCGGGAUCUGUUCGUUUUGGAGAUUCUAUAACAUUUGUUCUUUGACCUGGCAGACAUCCAGAUACGUCCCUGGGAACUCACACAAUUGAACCACAAAUUUCUGUGGGAACUUGAUAUAUUGGGGCACUUUUGGUAUCGUAUGUUGUGGUUUGGAUACGAUCGGAUUUUGAAUGUAAAAUCUCCUGAAAUCAAAUCACUUUCAAAUAUAUAUCAGUUUGAUCAUAAUCACUUUCUAUUUUAACUUGGUUAUUGUUUUAAAAAAAUUGUGACAAAAUACUGCUUUUAAAAUACCAUGUGAUAAAUGUAAAUGAAUGCUUUCUUAGGAUUAAUGGAAAGUUCUGAAGCCCCUUGAACAUA